AUGGAAGCCAUGCUUCAGCAGUCCCGGGCCAUGUGCCCCUUCCUCAAGCGCACCUCUCCCACCACCCUGCGCACCCUCUCGACGGCCACCCGUCCUAGCACCGGCGGCGGCACUAUGUCCAAUCUCCAGGUUCUGGCCCGCCGCUGCCCCGUCAUGAGCAAGGCUCUAGCUGUGCAGAGUGCCCGUCUGGGUGGAACCAAGCGUUUUACCUCGUCUGCUGCUGGCGUGUCGACCGUCAAGCCGUUCCAGGCUCCGACUGGCAAGCGCGCAUUGCACACGACCGGCGGCCACCCCGCCAGUGCCGCCCCCGCAACCUACAAGAAGAACGAGCAAGCCCACCCCAACCUCGCUCACCUUCGCUCUGCCCCCGCCGCCAAUGCCGCGGUCCGCGGUACCCGCUCCGAAACUCCGGCCUCCUCUUCCCGAUUCGAUUAUAAUGCAUUCUACAAUGGCGAGUUGGAGAAGAAGCACAAGGACAAGUCGUACCGCUACUUCAACAACAUUAACCGUCUCGCCAAGGAGUUCCCCCGUGCCCACACGGCCUCAGCCGAGGAACGCGUGACUGUCUGGUGCUCCAACGACUAUCUCGGUAUGGGCCGGAACCCGCAGGUCCUCGAGUCCAUGCACCGCACCCUCGAUACUUACGGUGCUGGCGCUGGUGGCACCCGUAACAUUUCGGGCCACAACCAGCAUGCUGUUCACCUGGAGGAUACUCUGGCGAAGCUGCAUGGCAAGGAGUCUGCACUGGUAUUUAGCUCGUGUUUCGUCGCCAACGAUGCAACUCUCGCGACUCUCGGUAGCAAGAUGCCUAACUGUGUGAUCCUGUCUGAUAGUUUGAACCACGCGUCCAUGAUCCAGGGUAUCCGUCACUCUGGUGCGGCGAAGAUGGUUUUCAAGCAUAAUGAUCUGGAGGACUUGGAAGCCAAGCUGGCAUCUCUUCCUCUGAACGUGCCGAAGAUCAUCGCCUUCGAAUCUGUUUACAGUAUGUGCGGAUCGAUUGCACCCAUUGAGAAGAUCUGCGAUCUUGCCGAUAAGUACGGCGCCAUCACUUUCCUGGACGAGGUCCACGCCGUCGGAAUGUAUGGUCCGCACGGUGCCGGUGUUGCCGAGCACCUCGACUACGACGUCUAUGCCUCGCAGGACACCGCCUCGCCCAAGAGCACCAAGGGCACCGUCAUGGACCGCGUCGAUAUCAUCACCGGUACUCUGGGCAAAGCCUACGGCUGCGUCGGCGGCUACAUCGCCGGCUCAUCCGCACUCGUUGACACCAUCCGCUCGCUGGCCCCCGGCUUCAUCUUUACCACCUCCCUGCCCCCAGCAACCAUGGCCGGCGCCGACACGGCCAUCCAAUACCAGGCCCAGCAACCGCGUGACCGCGUCCUGCAGCAACUGCACACCCGCGCCGUCAAAUCGGCCCUGAAGGACCUUGACAUUCCCGUCAUCCCGAACCCAUCGCACAUCGUGCCCUUGCUGGUCGGAGACGCCGAGCUCGCCAAACAAGCCUCCGACAAGCUGCUCGAGGAACACGGCAUCUACGUCCAAGCCAUCAACUACCCCACCGUCCCCCGCGGCGAGGAACGUCUGCGCAUCACCCCGACCCCGGGCCACGUCAAGCCCCUGCGCGACCACCUUGUCCAAGCCGUGCAAUCCGUCUGGGACGACCUCGGCCUAAAGCGCGCCAGCGACUGGGAAAGAAUGGGCGGCUUCGUCGGUGUGGGCGUUGAAGGCGCCGAGGCUGCCAACCAGCCCAUCUGGGAAGAAUCCCAGCUCGGCCUCGCCGCAUCUGAGUCCCUCGAGUGUGCCAUUACCCGCGAAUUGGACUCGGCUGAAGCCGAGAUCGAGGCGCUUGCGAAGACCCUGCCGAAGAUGAAAACCGGUACUCCGCUCGGUAACUCGCCUCUUGCGUCGACCCCUGUUGGUGCUGCGGCGUGA